CUGCUGUCCCGCCGUGUCUCAUAACAACCCUUUCCUUCCUCCAUUAACGUCGACAUGGCUGAGGAUAUUUCGACUUCCUGUGCGGAAACAUGGAACGGUGUAACGGAACGGAUCGCCACCGCUAUGAGCGAGUCUUCCUCUAUUCACAGCGACCGGUUCUACAGUUUAGCCAAGGAGUUCUCGGAGAUGGGGUUGGAUUUGGCGCACCGUAGGCUUGAAGAUCCCACCUGUUAUCUCGAACAGCACCCUGAGAUGAGUGUGAUGGAGCAAUCGGCAGGUGAUCGCAAGCUACCCAUGGCGAACAACUUCAUAGACCCAGACCGAGAGCGGGAUCAGGAGCACGAUCGGGACAGGGAGGCCAAAAGGUUGUACUUCGCCGACGACAAGCGUAAGGUGGACUUUGUGCUGGUGUACAAUUACCGGAGGCGAGCGUCCAGCAGGGGAUCGCUCGGGCAACACAGGCUGUCAAUCAUCUCCAAUGGCAGCUUCCCCGUGGGGGCGAAGGAUGUAGAGGAAGGAGGAGGAGGAGAAGGAGCAGGAGGCAAGGCUGACUGUGAGGAGGCGAUAGUGGACGUCGACCCAGAUGACCCAGCUGAGGGGGAGAAGAGGAUGGUCCGCGAGGAGUUUGAGGCCAACCUCGUCGAAGCCGGCCUGGAGAUCGAACGAGACAAAGAGCACAAACUCCACGGCCACGCGUUCGUCCGCCUUCACGCGCCCUGGGCGGUGCUUACCAGGGAAGCGGAGUUUCUGAAGAUUAAGAUGCCCACGAAAAAGAGUUAUGAUCUGAAGGAGGAGAAGGGCUUUGCGGGGACCCUGAGUGCGGUGUGGAGGAAGAUGAACCAGCCCUUCCAGCCAAACGUCCCUCACCUGCAGGACCAGAGCCGCACCAAGUUCCUCUCUCAUUGCUUCUCCCGAGAAAAGAUGCACCUGUACAACAUCAAAUCCAAGGACACCUUCUUUGACAAUGCCACAAGGAGUCGAAUUGUACAUGAGAUCCUUCGACGCACAGCCUGCACACGGACUAGUCAGAGCAUGGGUAUCACCACGCUAAUAGCUAAAGGGGUCUACGAGGCAGCGUUCCCUCUCCAUGAUGGUGACUGCAAAGGUUCAGCCAAGGGUGAGGAGAGAAACGACAGACAGAUAUUACAUGAUGAGUGGGCGAGAUAUGGAGCUUUCUACAAGUACCAGCCUGUAGACUAUAUCAGGAAGUACUUUGGAGAGAAGAUCGGUCUGUACUUUGCCUGGUUGGGUGUCUACACCCAGCUGCUUAUUCCCGCCUCCAUAGUGGGCAUCACCGUGUUCUUUUACGGCUGUGCCACCGUCGACACCAACGUGCCCAGUAUGGAGAUGUGUGACAACAGGCAGAACUUCACCAUGUGCCCACUGUGUGACGGCGCCUGCGACUACUGGCACCUGAGCACCGCCUGUGGCACGGCCCGAGCCAGCUACCUCUUCGACAACCCGGCCACCGUCUUCUUCUCCAUCUUCAUGUCUCUUUGGGUGGUCACGUUUCUGGAACAGUGGAAGCGCAGACAGAUUAGCCUGAACCACUGCUGGGACCUGACUGGCAUGGAAGAGGAGGAGGAACACCCAAGGCCCAAAUACGAAACCAUCCUUCUCCAGAAGAGGCAGCGGCAGAGGAAGAAGAAGAUGAAAAAGAAGAAUAAAAAUGAGCCUAACAGGUCAGUGGAGGAGUGUGGGGGGGAGGCCGGUUUGGACAAGUGGAGACGGGGGCUGCUGUUCGCCACGGCAACGGGAGUCACGCCAGGUGACGAGAAGCUGACAUGGAAGGACCGGUUUCCGGGAUACUUCAUCAACAUCUCCUCCAUUCUCCUCAUGUUUGGGGUGACGUUCUCGGCCGUGUUUGGCGUGAUCAUCUACCGGAUCACCGUCUCAGCCCUGAUGGCCAUGAGUCCCGACCCCGGCACCAAGUCCAACGUGCGGGUCACCGUCACUGCCACAGCUGUCAUGAUCAACCUGGUGGUCAUCCUCAUUCUGGACGAGAUCUAUGGGGCAGUCGCUGUCUGGCUGACCGAACUGGAGAUCCCUAAAACCGAGACUAAUUUCGAGGAGCGGCUUAUCCUGAAAGCUUUUCUGCUGAAGUUCAUGAAUGCGUAUGCGCCCAUCUUCUAUGUGGCCUUUUUCAAAGGGAGGUUCGCAGGCAGGCCGGGGGACUACGUCUAUGUGUUCAAUGACUACCGUAUGGAGGAGUGUGCACCAGGUGGCUGUCUCAUUGAGUUAUGUAUCCAGCUCAGUAUCAUCAUGCUUGGGAAGCAGCUCAUUCAGAACAACAUCUUCGAGAUUGGCAUCCCGAAGUUGAAGAAGCUUUACAGAACUCUGAGGGAUAAGGACCGGGCCCCGGACGCCUCGGAGAACGAGGGUCCCCAGAGCAAGGGCCCCCAGCAGUGGAACCUGGACUACGAUCUAGAACCCUUUGAGGGCCUCACCCCAGAGUACAUGGAGAUGAUCAUCCAGUUUGGCUUCGUGUCUCUGUUCGUGGCCUCCUUCCCCCUGGCCCCUCUGUUCGCCCUGCUCAACAACGUCAUCGAGAUCCGCCUCGACGCCAAGAAGUUUGUGGCCGAGCUGAGGCGCCCAGUGGCAGUGCGGGCCAAAGAUAUCGGAAUCUGGUUUAACAUCCUGAGUGGCAUGGGGAAGUUCUCUGUGAUAAUAAAUGCCUUUGUGAUCUCGUUCACGUCAGACUUCAUCCCCCGGCUGAUGUACCAGUACACGUACAGCGACACGGGCACGAUGCACGGCUUCAUCGACCACACCCUCUCCUACUUCAACGUCAGCAACUUCAGGCCUGGCUCCUCGCCCGACUCCACACAGAACGACCGCGAGAUCACCGUGUGCAGGUAUAAGGACUACAGGGAGCCGCCAUGGUCUACUGAUGCCUACCAGUUCUCCAAACAGUACUGGUCCAUCCUUGCUGCCCGGCUAGCCUUCGUCAUCCUGUUCCAGAACCUGGUGAUGUUCCUGGGCUUGCUGGUUGCCUGGGUGAUCCCGGACGUGCCCAAGGACAUCAGUGAGCAGCUGAAGAAGGAGAAGACCCUGUUGGUGGACGUGUUCAUGCGCGAGGAGAAGGAGAAGCUCCAGCUCAUCCAGAGCCUCUUCUCCAUGGACCCCUCCGGCCAGGCGCACGCACACAUGGCCAAGACCCAGCUGCCCCACCUGCCCGCGGCCCUGCAGCAUCCAUCCCUCGCCGGGCUGGGGGUCCCGUCGUUAGCCGCCGGCACUGGCACCACCACCACCACCACCACCACGGCGCUCCCCAUGCCCAGGGGACGGGCCGCCAGCUUCAGCCAGUUCACCCGGCAGGCGUCCACGUCGCCGCAGAACGAGGCGGCCAAGCACACGGCCGUGUGAGGAUGCGGAGAGGAAGGGGCG